GAUAUUGUACCCCGUAGCGUGAUGAAACCUACCCAGACAAAAGUCCAGCCAAUCAAGCCAUGCCACACUUCUACCUAGCCACACCGCCUGCCCCUCCAUCUAAGCUUGUUCCCCAGCCACACCCCAACCUCUCAGUAUACCAGCCACACCCAGCCACUUUCGACGAAUAUCUCAACCACAUCAAUUGUAUCUUCACUCGUUCACUCCAAUCCAUAUGCAAAUCUCCUCUCCAAAUCUUCUGAGUCUACUAGCACACACUUCUAUCGGAAAUUUCGAGCCUCCUUAAUUGUUCCACCACCAUCAUAACCAUUUCGACUUCCACUCAUCUGGUUCUCGACCUGCGCC